GCGGUGGUGAUUUUCUCUGCCCGGAGCUAGCGUACACACAUCAACAUCACCGUCUAAGCAGAGGGAGCAGCAACGACGAGCAGGCACUCACGAUGGAGAAGAGCACACAGCCGUGGAGAAAGCUACUGUACACACCACAGCCCUACCCAGAUAAUUAUACAGAUGUGUCGUUCUUGUCUCAGCUGAAGAGGAACUCCACGGUCAAGAGAUACACCUUCCGGAAGCUCAUCUCGGACUUCUCGCUGGUGUCGCUACACCUCAACACGCUGGCCUUGACCCAUAUCUUCUUCCUGGGCCUGUACUCGUACGACACAAGGAUCGAUGUGCCGCUGACCGUGUCGACAACGAUCUCGGUGGUGCUGCUGCUGUUCUACAACUCGUCCGACAAUUCCUCUCGUGUCGUGAUACAGGACGCGUUGAAGUCAUCGUUGGUCAUAUCGUUCACGAUCUUCACACUAUCGCCUGUUCUGAAGUCGCUGUCGGAGUCGACAUCCUCAGAUUCGAUCUGGUCCUUGUCGUUUGGGCUCGUGGUUGCCAACUUGAUCACCACUGACUACCACUUCAACUUGAAGGACAAGUUCAACCCCAUAGUGUCCACCAAUGUGCUCAUCGCAGAGGCCACGGUGCUGGCGUCACGGUUCAACUCAGAUGCAAAGGUGUUUGCCUUCAUGCUCUUCUGCAUCCAAAUACAUGGCAUCUUCCCGAUAUUCGACACCUGGUUGAGAGAGUUCCACGUCCCAAUCCAUCACUUGAUGACACUAGCAACCGGGUCAAUUGCAACGUUUUGCAUCUACAAGAUGAUGGAGUUCCCGUGGCUGCUCAUCUGGUGUAUUUUGCACUCUACAAUACUGGUAUUCUGCCCUAUAUACUUCAUCCUACUGCAGAAGUACAAGAAUGAACUACAGGGGCCAUGGGAUAUCGCCAAACCAAUACUUAAUGGAACAGAUUAGUUGCAGUGUAAAAUAAACAUACAUGGUUUCUUUCUCUUGUCGUGUUCUGCUUCGUACGAGGCCUUGUACUCUUAGCCACGGAAUAUACCAGCAGCAAGGCACAAGUUCCCCCUGGUGAAGUGAACUU